CACAAUAGCAGCUCCCUCCAAGAUGGCGGCGGCGACGGCGGACCCGGGAGCUGGGAGCCCGCAGGCUGGAGACUCCUCCGGCGGGAGUACGGGGGGCGGGUUGCCGUCCCCGGGGGAGCAGGAGCUGAGCCGGCGCCUGCAGCGCCUGUACCCAGCUGUCAAUCAGCACGAGACGCCGCUACCGCGCUCGUGGAGCCCCAAGGACAAGUACAACUACAUCGGCCUCUCCCAGGGCAACCUCCGCGUCCACUACAAAGGUCAUGGCAAAAAUCACAAAGAUGCGGCCUCAGUUCGUGCCACCCACCCCAUACCUGCUGCCUGUGGCAUUUAUUACUUCGAGGUGAAGAUUGUCAGCAAAGGAAGAGAUGGGUACAUGGGAAUAGGACUCUCAGCUCAAGGCGUCAACAUGAACAGACUUCCUGGUUGGGACAAACAUUCCUAUGGCUACCAUGGCGAUGAUGGGCAUUCCUUCUGCUCCUCAGGGACUGGCCAACCCUAUGGUCCCACAUUCACCACAGGAGAUGUGAUUGGCUGCUGUGUCAACCUGAUCAACGGCACCUGCUUCUACACCAAGAAUGGCCACAGCCUUGGUAUAGCCUUCACAGACCUCCCGGCCAACUUGUACCCCACCGUAGGCCUGCAGACGCCGGGGGAGAUUGUGGACGCCAACUUUGGGCAGCAACCCUUCCUGUUUGACAUUGAGGACUACAUGCGGGAGUGGCGUGCCAAGGUCCAGGGCACUGUCCACUGCUUCCCCAUCAGUGCCCGGCUUGGCGAGUGGCAGGCGGUGCUGCAGAACAUGGUCUCAUCUUACCUGGUGCAUCAUGGGUAUUGUGCCACGGCCACGGCUUUUGCCCGAAUGACUGAAACCCCGAUUCAGGAAGAACAGGCGUCCAUAAAGAACAGACAAAAGAUCCAGAAGUUGGUGCUGGACGGCCGUGUGGGCGAGGCCAUUGAGACUACACAGCGCUUCUACCCAGGGCUGCUGGAGCACAACCCCAACCUGCUCUUCAUGCUGAAGUGCCGACAGUUUGUGGAGAUGGUGAAUGGGACCGACAGUGAGGUCCGUGGCUUGAGCUCCCGAAGCCCCAAGUCUCAGGACAGCUACCCUGGUUCCCCCAGCCUCAGCCCCCGCCACGGCCCCAGUAGUUCCCACAUGCACAACACAGGCGCAGACAGUCCCAGCUGCAGCAAUGGCGUCGCAUCUACCAAGAGCAAACAGAACCACAGUAAAUACCCUGCACCCAGCUCCUCCUCCUCGUCCUCCUCCUCCUCGUCCUCCUCCUCCCCAUCCUCCGUCAAUUACUCCGAGUCCAACUCAACAGACUCCACCAAGUCCCAGCCCCACAGCAGCACCAGUAACCAGGAGACCAGUGACAGUGAGAUGGAGAUGGAGGCAGAGCAUUACCCCAAUGGUGUGCUGGAGAACAUGUCCACACAUAUUGUCAAUGGUGCUUACAAACAUGAGGACCUGCAGACGGAUGAGUCCAGCAUGGACGAUGGGCACCCUCGGCGGCAGCUCUGUGGGGGCAACCAGGCUGCCACAGAAAGGAUUAUCCUCUUUGGCCGCGAGUUACAGGCACUGAGUGAGCAGCUGGGCCGGGAGUAUGGCAAGAAUUUGGCUCACACGGAGAUGCUACAGGAUGCCUUUAGCCUGCUAGCAUACUCGGACCCCUGGAGCUGCCCAGUUGGCCAGCAGCUUGACCCCAUCCAGAGGGAGCCUGUGUGUGCUGCCCUCAACAGCGCCAUCUUAGAGUCCCAGAACCUGCCAAAGCAGCCUCCUCUGAUGCUCGCCCUGGGUCAGGCAUCUGAAUGUCUCAGGCUUAUGGCCCGAGCGGGCCUGGGAUCUUGCUCCUUUGCCAGAGUUGACAACUACUUGCACUAGCUGACCAUGCUGGCUAGCCCUGCCUGACGCUCCCUUGGCACCAAGGCUGGAGCAGCCCUACCCUCCACAGGCAUCAGGUGCAGGACCUGGAAGCCAUGGGCAGGGUCCACUCCUCCUGCCUGGCCUUCCCCCUUCUGUUUCUUCCCUUCCUUCCUUCCUUCCCUUCCUUCCUUUUCCUCCUCCCUCAGUCUCUCUCUCCCUUCACGUGCAGUGGCCUAUGACACAGUAUUGGCUGGUUACUCUUAUGUAGCGCCGCCUUCUUUGAAAGGGGGGGUUUGUUUUGAAGAGGGUUGGAGUUUUUAAUCUUUUUUUCCCCUCCUGACUGAGCCACCAGUAUUUAUCUCUGGAGAGUUUGUGCUGAGCUGGUUUCUGCUGAUUUAGUGAUGAAGCCUAUCCAAAUUGGUGAUAGCUUAUUAUUUUCAUAAGUAAAAAAAAAUGAGAUUAUAUAUAUAUAUAUAUAAAAAAAGAAAAAACAAAAAACAACACAGUAUUUAUCGUAGUGUUAGCACCUCUUGGGUGAGGCUGUCCAGAAACCGUAUGUUUUUAUUCAAAUCCCACUCAUUAAAAAAGAAUCAUCUUUGCCACCUUAGACAAGUCAUUUGUUUCUUUUAGGCUCCACCUUUAUUGAACCACAGGUUCAGCUGCAGCCUAGGGAAGCUGAAUAGGACUUUGAGGAGUGGCAGGGGUCGGGCUAAGUAGGUGUGCGACAUCCCGAGAGGUAUGGGGCCCUAGGCCUUUGAGAGCUGUACUGUGCAGAGAGCUCAGUGCUGAGGGUCCAGAGAGGAGACAAGCUGGCCUAGGGCCACAUAGCAAGCGAGUAGAUGGUCCUUGGCCAGCACACUACCAUUCUACCCUGCCUCUCACUGCCUGCCUCACUCCUUUUCUCUCUUCCCAUUUUUGUACCCUACUUUUCCUUGUUCUCAAGAUGGCCAAAUAAUUCAUUUAUUCUAAAUUGAUUGCCUGGAAACUAUCUGCCUUCAACCCGAGAGCUGCUGUGUGUCAGGCUGCAGGGAGGAAGUCUCCAUUCCUAGGACAGAGGCCCUUGAGCACAGGGCUGCCUUCUUGCUGCCUGGAUCUCACCAUCUUUGCACAGCUCUGAUAGAAUCGAUGCUUUCUGUUCAGAGCCAGUACCUUGCAGAGGCAGUUUCUUGGGCCGGUUGGUUCCUGGAGUGACUGGAGUCCUUGACCCCUUAAGCCAGGCUUCACUGCAGCUGUGCCAGGCAGCUCCCUGCAGCUUGGCCUCAGCCACUUGUCAGGAAAGAUUGCUAUGAGUGUUUGCUAGCCAGAGGAAGAGACCUCGUGGGCUUUAUAAACAUCCCAUCAGACGUUUCAGAUGGAUCCUCACACCUGGUGGAGCAAAAACAGUCCUAGUACCAUCAGGAAAUUGGGAGAGGAAGGCCUGAGGUGGCUGCCAGGACUUGGGAAGGCCAUCUGUGAAAAGGACUGACUGCCCAGGAGGAAGGAAGGGAGGAAAGCUACCCAGAGGAGCACUGAGAGGGUUGAGAUUUCACCACCUGCUUCACAAGGGGGGAGCACAAGCAGCCUCCUGUAAAGGGGAGGGUCAGCCAUAGCAAAGACAGAAGUUGAACUUCCAGUCCCUGCCUAGAUCUGGACUGGGCAAGCUUCUGCUCCAUGUUAAUGGACACAGGAAUAGUUGGUAUGGCCUGAUAUAUUCAGUGUCCACCAGGCCUUGUUGGGCCUGCAACAGAACAAGAAGAAAAAUGACUGAGUUGGACCAGCUGCUGGUGAUGGGUGGCAGGGGCCUGGCCCUAUGCUCUCCGAGAGGUCUGCUUUGGGAGAUGAUCGUAUAGGCUGCUGCUUUUUCUUGGUCUCUGCCCAGAUCCCAGCUGGCAGUCCACAGAUGAUGGCCCGUUGGGGAGGUGUUGUCCUGUCUGUAAAGGAAAUUCAUCCCCUGCAAGGCUGGGAAUGCUUUGCUUCUAAAUCAAGAGGUUGGAAACAUCAGGCUGUUAAAAUGAUCAGAGCCUAACAGGACUAGAAAUUAAAACCAAAGGCUUUUGCAGCUGGAAUGGAGUUUAGAGAACAUCUCCUCUCCUUUUACAGAUAAGGAAACAGACCCAGGGAUUAAGUGACUUGGUCCAAGUCACACCACAAGUUAGUGGCAAAGCUGGGACUGACUCCAUUCCUGUCAGUUGGGUAACACUAUUUAGUCCUAAAGCUGAAUGGUGAUGAUCCCCCUGUGGGGGAUUAAGCUGGCAUGACCUCCAGCAGUGUCUGAGCAGCUUGUACUUUCAGGGGUGUGACAAGGGUGCCUGGGCUUGGGUUGUGGAGCGGCUGAGAGACAGCCCAGGAGGGCUCAGGACAGCUGUGUGCUGCAUGGGGUUGGGUGUCUACCUGGCUUGCACUCAGUACCCAUGGCCACCUCCCCAUUUUCUGUGCCUUAUCUCACUGUUUCAGCUGAGUCCAAGUUGUUUACUCUGUUUCUCUUCUGAGGGGCUCUUUGGCCUGGGUGGACAGCUCACCUUUGGGACAUAAGCCUUCGCUCCACAAGCUGUGGAGAGGGCCAAAACCAAGCUGCUUGAGCCCACUGUCUUGCCGAUACUCCAGGCCUGCCUGCCAGCUGUGGACCCCUUAUGCACACCCAGUUCUCCACACCUGCUUCCAGGAGCCUAGAGUGGGGAAGGUACCUGGGAGGAGCCCUGGCAACAGGCUGGACCUGACCUUUGGGGGCAGGAGAGGACCUGACUCUGUUGGGCUGUCCAACCAUUGGGGAGCAGCCUUCCCUACUUACCUGCCCUUUGCAGCACCAAAUGGUCUCUCUUUCCAGAGCAGGAACUGCCAGACUGCUCAAAGAUAGCCAGAACUCCUGAUCUCCACCCACGUGGGUCUGUGGCUUGAUGCAGGCAUCAGAACAGGGAUUCUAAAAAAUGGAGAAGUGGGACUACUCAGCCACACAGCGCCUUCCCACCCCUUAAGCAAGCACAAAGAUGAGGCAGAGAACUGUUGGAACUGAAAGUUCCUUUGGUUGCUCAAAACUCAGGUAUGUACGCCGUGUGGCAGCCGGGCAACAGAGCCCUACUUGACCUCCAGUCCCGUGUACCUGGAUCUGUGGCCAGAUUGUACUCUGGUUGCCUAAGGCGCCCGUCUCUUUGCAUAAGGUUCUCCUCCAUUUGUAACUACAGCUGAAACAGACAUCCUCCACAUUGUGCACACUGGUUCUGCCUUUGUCCUUUCAAGUUAUUACUUGGCAUAAGCAUGAAACUUGUGGGCGUGGGAGGGUUUAGAAUUCUAACACAAAACAUCCUAUAAAAAUUGUACUUGAGAGAUGAAAAAACUCCUGUUGUAUUUUGACAGAAUUAUUUUUAUUAAAAUACAAUCCAUGAACUGUCA